AUGGGAUAUAAUCCAUUUUUGCCCACGGCAGGCGCAAAGAUCAACACAUUGUGUGUUCCCGCCGGCCUCGUCCAUCCCGACCGCUUUCAGGAGUUCAUCAAGAUAUUGCGGAGUGCUUCAAUAGUCAAGCUCAGAGUGACCGAUACCAGUAAUCGCCAACUGACCCAGGAUGGAACGUUAUUCUUUGAUUUGGCUGCAACCCAGGAUGGCUCAAGGGCGGAUAUGUUUCCCCUGGAACCUAAUGGAAAAACUCAAGUUUUGCUCGGCUUGGUAGACGGCAGACGGCUUGAACGGUCGCUUGAAGUUGGCGAGUCUGCAUCAAAUGGUACCGAUGCGGCUUUAGAAAUUGUUCGGUCUCAAUUUUCUGAAUUAUUGCCCGAUGCGCCUGGGCUUGUUGUGCGUCAAUUGGUUGUCUUCCAAGGCGAUGUUACGCCGCCUAGUGAACCAGAGAUUCUGUUCAUACCUGAAAAUGACGGCGACGAGGCGGUCUUUGAUACCAUGGUCCAACUAGCGCAACGGUGGACCAGGGGGGUGUCGAAUCUCUUAAAAUCUCUAAAGGACAAGCCAAUUAGUAUGGUCCCAGUAGGAAGCUCUCAAGGCUUUCCACGUAUGUCCAAAUCUCUUGUUCCAACCAUGCCAGAGGGCUCUUCUACACAUACUACAGCCAAGUCCUCCAGUCCAAUAUCAGCCUUCAAUGAACCUGAGGCUCAAAGUGACACCUCAAGAGGUCGAUUCAGCAUUGUACAAGGCAUAUACAAUCUCCAAAGUGGCCUCUGGCUUGAUGCGUUGACGUCUUUGUCGGAUGGGGCUGCUCUUGCACUUGAGAACCAAGACCAUCUCUGGCAUGGAAAGGCUCUAGAAUGUUUGUUGGUCUCAAUGCUCCUCUUGUCCUGGUCAAACAAAAAUUAUACCAUUCCCCAGAUAUGUCGCACACUUCCAAACAGGAGUGGGAUUUUUGGUGCAGAUUCGACAAGUCAAGCGGCAGGUUCGUUGAAAAGUUUGGCUCAGCUCAUCCCACCACUCGUCGAAACUAUAUUGGAGUUAUAUGCCAAAAUUUCAAAUCUUGAUCUAGGCGGUUCCUUGCAAGAUUUGUUGAGAGAGUCCCGUGUCAGGCAUGUGAACUUGCUUGUCAUCAUCAAAGGCGAGGGAUGUGUUCUGAAUAGAAUUAUUCUUGACCAUCUGGUUUCGCCCCGUGACCGAAAUAUCGAUGCACCUGUACAGUCAGAAGGAGAAUUUGUCUCCAUCUCUCGGGCAGGCCUUGCAAACAAUCUGAUCGAAGCACUUCAAACUUCCCAGUCAAGCAAUAAUUUGUCACAUUACACGAGUAUGCUAGUUGCUGUGGCUAGUAGCCUUUCCAUCUUGGGGCUUGAGCGAAAGCAUGCAUUUUAUCUCAAGCAGCUCAUGCAACAAUUUGCUCCAAAACUUGUGGAAGCACGUAAGCUCGGCGCUUCUGAAGUUGGCGUGCACCCAGCUGCAGGGCUUCCUCCACUCAGCAAUGCUCAACAAGGCGUCAUUCCAGAGAUGGUUAUUGGCACGAGAGUUAUGUUGAGCCUGGCGGCUAGUGCGUAUGGCGUUGCGCUACCAUCUGUUCCAUCACCCUCGGACAAGAGACCUGCAGAUGUCAACAAUAUCCGAGAAAAGUUGGCCAUAUGGGCUACCGAGCAGACCUCCGGUGACGUCCUACUCAAGAUCGAAAUGCUUCGAGUUUGUGUGAGCGUUUGUGAAGCUCUGCCUGACAUACCGGCAGGUCUUCACUUCACCUCCAAUAUACUUCGCACAGCAAAGCAAACAUUGACGAUGUCCACGCAGUCGAAGCCCCAGGUUCCCAUUAUUUCCACCGAUGAACAAGUACGCUUAAUGGAGAGCAUGCGACAAGCAGUGUCCGCAGCCUCGCGGCUUGGUGCAGACGGGUAUCGCGCGGAAUACUGGGAUGAUUUUCUUGUGCGAGAUGUGCGAAUAUUCGAAAAGGAUGGGUUUUCCACACUUAUCGCGCACAAACCGAGUGAUUUAUCAAUUCGAGCAAGUGGAAUGUCCGAUGCAGUGCGAGAUCCUUUCAUCUACAAUCCUUUUUCCAAGGAUAAAUCAAUAACCAGCGCACCUGUACUUGUUGCAGGUGAACUGGCGACGUUCGCAGUUGUCCUACAAAAUCCUCUCGAAAUGGAGGUGGAUAUUGAGGAAAUUUCGCUGAUCACCAAUGGUUCGGCUUUCCAGGCCUCCCCACACGGCAUUGUCCUUGGGCCUUUCUCUAUCCAAACAUUCACCUUCAACGGCCGGGCUACCGCCGAUGGUGAGCUGGAAGUGAUUGGAUGUCGGGCGAGAGUACGGAAUUGCUAUGAACAAGAAUUCCUCACUUUCGUGAAGGACUGGAAGGUGCCAUUCAAACCCAAGCAGAAAGCUGUCACGAAAGGUCGCUUCCGCGCUCAUCUGAGAGAGGUGAUUGAUGAAGUACCACCAACUGGGACUGGUAUAGUGUUCGAGCCACCAGAGCCGACAACUUUAAGAUUGAAGGUUAUAAAUGCCCAACCCAGGCUAAUAGUCAAAUCCAGCACACUAGAACAGCCAUCGAUAAUGCUGCUCGAAGGAGAAUGCCGCUCAUUUACUGUCACUCUGUCAAAUACUAGUGCAACGGUCGCUGCAGAUCUUCUUCUCAUGACCACGGAGGAUUCUGUGAUGAAGCAGCUUAAGGAGGCCUUGUCAAACAAAGAUUUGAAUCCGGUGGAGAUCUUCGAGGUACAGUCGCAAAUAGCGACCAAGCCAGCAAUCUCUGUGAAAAAGAUCGAUGCCACCAACCCAAAUACUCUUCUUCCACCGAAUCAAGAUAUUACUUACAACGUUGAGGUCUGGGGACGAGCAGGACUAGUGAGUGCCGCAGUACAUGCGGAUUACGCUUUCCUGGGCUCUCAAUCAUCCGAAGUCAAGGAGACUUUUUACACCCGACAGAUCAGAUUUCCUCUUGCCAUCACUGUCAAUGGUAGUAUUGAAAUCCCCCGUUGCAACAUUUUGUCCAUUCAGAGUGAUUUUGCUUGGAGUUCAGACUACCGACCGAAUUCGUUGGAGGUUGACCACGACAACACUGCCUCCUCCCUACCUCGACAACAAUCUAUAAUGCAUCACUGGCUACAGGAGCAGUCAGACGCCAGUGACUAUUGCAUGAUGUCACUAGACUUACGCAAUGUCUGGCCCCAACCACUGGAUAUCACCCUGCAAGCUAGAAAGCUACAUACCGCCGAAGAAGAACUUGGCGAAUCAUCCUGGAAGCAUGGUUAUACGGUUCAUGAGACCCUACAGCCAGGUGUCGUGACCAGGGUUGUGUUGCUGCUGCCACGGAUAUUUGUGGAAGAUCCAUACAUCCCUAUCCCAAGCCUCGACACACAGAAACAAUUCGUCGUAUCAACCGUCAAAAUGAGCCCAGAGGCAGAAGCCUCAAGUAGGGAAUCCUUCUGGUAUCGAGAGUCGCUCCUGAAGUGCUUACGAGGGACAUGGAUUGAAGGCAGCUCUGGACGACAGGGAGAGAUUGAUCUUAGGAAGGGUAUAAGACUCAGUCCACGUAUGGUGGAAGCUUUGAAGAUGGACCACGUCGCUAUUGACUAUGAUAUCGCUCCCUGCUCGAGCAGUAAGGUGUCUGAUGACGGACAGGCUGACCUGGUAAAGCAGGCCGGGAAGUCGCACUUUAUCAUUCGAAACGAGGCUUUUGCGACGUUGAAAGUACGGGUGCGCAACCACACGCAGGACACUUUACACCUUCUUCUCCGACUCCAACCGUCUCUUAGACAUCAACCCCACAACAUCGCACUCGACCUUUCAAAGCGAUUUGCAUGGUCGGGCGUGCUGCAGCGAGCACUGCGUCCAGCUAUAGAGCCGGGUGGCAUGUGUGAAACGGAGCUAGGAAUAAUUCCACUGGUAGAAGGCAAUUAUGAUAUCUAUGCUUCUGUGGAGGAAAUCAAAGCCCGCGGAAAAGGAACGUUGAAGAAGACGCUGGAGGGGAUUGGUGGUGGUGCGGAGCGAAGGAUAUGGCGAGCAAGAUCUCCGUGUCUUAUUGACGCAGUGGGUGUAUGA